AGGUAUUUUUCUAUGGGCAGAUCUCCAUCUGAAUAGAAAACGUUGACUAGGGGAAAAAAGGAUAGGUUUGGUAAUUGGUUUUGGUGAGGAAGAAACUCUUCUUUCGGAUACCUGGAAGAGGUGGAAGCAUCUGAUCUGUCGGAGCACAUAGAAAGAGGGUGGAGAGAAAGAGAAGAGUGACGGGGAGGGUGUGUUUCUGUGUGGGUGAGAGAGACAGAGGGAGGAGGAGCAGUGCAGACAGAGAGAACUGGAGCACACACUCAGAUCUCGCCUGUGGUGAGGACAUCCAGCAGAAUUGCAUUCCUGAGGCAGCCUGCAAUAAAAAGGCAAGGAGGACAGAGCGAAGAAGUGGUGACGCUCUUUAAAUUCACAUUUAACUGACCUCUGCUGGACUCACAUACUUCCUCGUAGACUCACUCGCAGGGUUCCUCGCGCACCAGCUGAACAGCUGGCACCGCUGCCUGGUGAGAAGGUUAGGAUUUCCCUGACAGAGCUGGAAGAAAGGAGAAAAUAAUAAUAAAAAAGACUGGAAGUUUAAAACACCAAAAAGCAAGGACAAGAAGAGGGUCAUGCUUCGGUAGAGUGUGACAAGCCUAACUGAGCUGAUCUGCUUUGAGGACCAUCUAACCGCUCAGCGUGUCCUGCUUGGUCCAAGAUGGAGCUCAAAGUGUGGGUGGAUGGAGUGGUGCGCGUGGUGUGCGGGCUGUCUCAAGAAACUUCCUGCCAAGAUGUCGUCAUUGCUUUGGCACAGGCCAUUGGUCAGACUGGUCGAUAUGUUCUUAUUCAACGUUUGAGGGACACUGAAAGGCAGCUUUUGGCUACAGAGAGACCCCUGGAGUCUUUGGCCAAGUUGGGCCAACAUGGCAACGAGGUUCAGUUUUUCCUGCGGCGUACUGGUCCUAGCAGCAGUGAUGGGCCUAGUUCAAAACACGAAAGACAGUCUCCUCUUCAACUGCCCAAACAUCCUGAGCCAGAGCCCCUGAAACGUAACCAACCUAAAAAAGCACUAACGUUUAACUUGGGGCCAUCCACUUCCCCAAAGACCAAACCCAAACAAUUUCAGAGGUCUCCAAAGGACUCAUCAGAGCAAAGAGUCUCACCAUCCCCCUCAUCUAGCCCUGUAUCCCCACAUUCUCCCUCAACUCCUAUUGGAUCAUCUAAGGAGGAAGUGUUUAAAAAGAUCCUUCAGCAACAAGAGAGACUGAGAGCCAUAGAGGGCCAGCUUGAGGUCCUAGAGAAGGAGUCACCGUAUCGUCCACGUCCUUCUCCAAGCCCCUCACCAGUAUCAGACUCUCACUUGCAAGAAGAGAUUGAUGCUUUGGAGCAAACAAUGCGAAGGAACCAUGCUGAGCUCACCCACGAGCAGUACUGGGAGGAGGAACUUCAGGUGGAGGUGGACAAAGAGCGAGAAAUGAGAAGGAAGCUGACGGACCUGCACGCCAAGCUGGACGACUGUGGGCGACGGCUGCAUGACUUCUCUGUACGCUCUGCCCAGCUGGAGCAGGAGAUCCAGAGGGAGAGCCAGGCAGCAAGCAAAGCCAGCGGGGCCAAGGAGUCACUUGAUGCUGUGAAGGCAGAGCUACGGAUCCAGGAGAGGAAAGGGGUUGACUUUGAGGAGCAGGUGUCAGAAGCUGACAAGGCCCUGGAGAAGGCAGAGUCUGUGCUGCAGGCUAAGCAGAAUGAGCUGGAGGAUCUGAAUAAGGAGCUGAGGCAGUGUAAUCUGCAGCAGUUUAUCCAGCAGACAGGCACCGUGCCGGCUCAUAGCCACUCGCGCACCGAGCUGCAGGAACAGCUUGAACAGCUGGAAUUGGCAGCAGGUCGCAGUGCGACUCCCGUGGAAUUUCCAUCUCGUCCGACGGCCAAGCAGUUUCUAGGACAUCCGCGGAACCUGCAAAACCCUCUAGUGUCCAGUCUCAACCCUGAGGUCCUGACAUCCCGAGAGUCGACAUGGAGAUAAAACACGGACAGCAGGGCCAAGGGAAAGUUGUUCACUUUUCUGUCUCCAUCACCUCCUGUUUAACCCCUUUUGCUUCCUAACAUUUCCAUUCAUUAUUAAUUUACCUUACAAGUACUUUAUAUAAAUAAGAAAGAUAUAUUUACAACAUUUUGCUACUGUAAACAUUUCAAAGUAUCUGUAUGAAAUGUAAAGUAAUUUAGGAACCUUUGACCAAUAGAGAUUAUUACUAUGACUAUUUAAAUAAUAAAAUGUGAAUAAUGUUUUAGAUAUCUUUUUGUCGGCUUAUUUUUUUUAGACACAAUCUUCUAUAUGAAAUUAUAGGAAGCUCUAUUUGAAAACUGUGCAUUUGAAAUCCUUGCAGUAAGCAGUUGACUCACAAGUUUGUAAUUUCUUUUUCUUUUUUUCUUUCUUUUUUUUAACAAAGAAAACCCUGAACAAGUUACUCUUACUAUGAGAUGAGGCCACUAGGCCUCGGUAGCUGGAGGAACUGUGGAGAUUUAGGUAGGAGACAGGAUUGCUGUUAAUGAUGCAGAAAUCUGUCCUGUCUAGAAGCAUUGUACAGUGGAAAUCAUGUUGAAUGA